CAAAGUUUGGAUGCUUUGCAGCCAACUACUGGGUAACUGGGAAGAUCAUGGAUCGUUCCUCCUUCUCAUGGACGCCGAAUGACUCCUUAACCGAUACACCAUUUCAAAUCAUCAAAGCAGCUGAAUUUGCCAGCUUAUACCCACAUCCAGAAGAUCAAGCCCUCGCAUGGAACACGGUAUUGAGCGUAUGUGAGCCAUGGCUCAGAGCCCUGGAGAAAUUGGAUAAGCAUGCUCGCUUCGCUUGGCCUCACGCCCAGGAAGAAGGUAUAAACAUCUUUCGGUUAGACGAUCACGUCUGGAUUUGGAAAGCCUUAAGGUCAAUAGAAGAGCUUGACAUAUGGGGACACCUUCUUCAAGAUCCUGAAACCAUUCGACGGGAGGUUCUCGCCCGUUUUACAAUUGAAUAUGACGUUUCGAGGAGACGAAUGCUGGCGGUAACCCGAUCUCCUCGAGAAACUCGAUUCUUGCUUCAUGCAAGAGACACUGCUCUAUUCUAUGGAGUCGUCUGGGGUUUCAUUUUACAACAGGAAUUUUUCGAGGUUUGGAAGAACACGCUAGACGCGCAAGUGCACCACCCCGACAACCAAGAAACCCGCUGGGAUAAUUCUAUUCGUUACGCCCUCGCCAUCUUGAUGGGUACUAUGGGGAAGAGCAUCAAUAAGCAGUCACCAAACAAACUACUCGUGUCUUCAAUGAAGCUUCUAUUCCAAGCCACUAGCCCUAAUGGUUUCUUUCCGGGGCAACUGGACCAAAGUACUAAAAAGCCGACAUUAUUCUAUGAAGAGGAGGACAGGGAUUUUUAUUUCCAUGCAUGCUUCGAGAUUCCGUUCAUCCUCCUGAAUCGUGCCUCUCGAAUUAACGCGGUAUAUCGUCGUGGAUCUGAUUUGAUCUUGGAUGGGUUCGACAUAAUCUCUGAUCUUGAAAGAAGACUAGCACCGAAUGUUUCGAGGGCAGCUCACAAAGCCUUGAAGAUGAAGAAAAGCAUACCUUUCAAUAGUCUGAUCGAUACAAGCAGUAUUGUGGAUAUCGAGGAAGAGUGGCUGUAUAAUUACCCCGCAUUCCUGCUGGGUGGUAAAGGGAUGAAACCUGGAGACGUAAUGAAGCAGGCACUAGAACUUUCAAAACAGGAUGAAAGCAGCGGCGUCGGAGUAAUAGUAAACAAAGCAGCCAUUGCAUAUGUAGAGGCUGUCACUUGCACAACUCGGAAUACGUCUGACUAUAGCGUGGCUGGAAGCGAUAACGAUGGGGCCUUCGUGUUUACUUGGCACGAGUCUACCUAUAUCGUCGAUACUCCAAAGAAAAAGCACCUUGGGAAGGAAGAUAAGCGAAGCAGUUUUCAACUUGAACCCAUCAUCCUCUCAAAUCGUGGACUGUGGGCUACACUAAAUAAGCCUCGCACGGCCGCCGAUGCAAAAAAAAGAUUUAUUUGGUUACCAAAGGCUAGUCCAGAGACUGCGCUGGUUUGCUAUCUCACCAGCUCUGACACGGAGAAACUAGCUAUUUCUUUGUUUUUUGAUCGGCAUGCAAACUUCGAAAAUUAUUUUAUCGAUGAUGCAGCCAUGGUCGAAAAUACGUGGGAUAGUGAAUUCCACCUAAGCUUCUUCCAGUUAAUGGACUCCGACCAAACCGCCUUUCGCCAUAAUGGGAUACCGGAGCCAAGUGACGACACCUUUCCGGGCUAUUCCAAAAGUAAAAUCACACGGGCUUCGAUGGGAUUUCGCUUUAAUGGAGACUUCUUCGACAGAUAUUGGACCUGCCAUUUCAUUGAGUAUGUUCCGGCCAAUCCUCCCAAAGAUGAAUGGGACUCAGCGGUGUUUGAAAUCAAUGGCUCGCGUAAACACCGGUCCUGGACGCAACGAAAAGUCCUCGAGCUGCAGCUCUUCGACCGGAUACUAACGGAGCUAGUUAAGAGUACUAGGAAAAUAUGGAACGAGAUCCGUAAUGAACUUGGUGUAAAACAAGGUGCCCUCUCCUUCUCGAUCCUCAGCAGCGAUGACUACUUCUCGUCAAGCGCACAGUGGCAGAAAUCCCAGCAUAUCCUCCAAGAUGUCGAGGAGGAGCUGUCAUCCGCCCUCGCCGCCAUCUCCAAAUGGGAGUCUCGCGAGAAAGACAGAGAACAACAGAAGCCGCGGUGGACGCGAAAUGAUGAGCGAAAGUACCGCGGCGACAUCAACAAAUUGCUCGGAUUAAACAAGCGCAAAAUUCGGGACCUCCAAAGCCUUCGUGACAAAGUGCUCUCACUCAAGGACACCCUUGUCAGCAGUCAAGAUCAGAUCCGAGACGACCUCGGGCUGAAGGGUGCUGAAAACAUCCGCUACUUUACC